UAUCUCUUUCAUCAAAUGAAUUUGAAGGGCCUAUUCCAGCAUUUCUACAAGGUUCUGAACUUAUUGAUUUGUCCAAAAACAAAUUCUCUGAUUCUCGUCCAUUCCUAUGUGCAAAUGGUAUAGAUGCAAUGUUAGGCCAGGUUGACCUUUCAAAUAAUCAAUUAUCUGGACAAAUUCCAAACUGUUGGAGCAAUUUCAAGUCAUUAGCUUAUGUUGAUUUGAGUCACAACAAUUUUUCAGGGAAGAUUCCUACUUCAAUGGGAUCACUUGUAAAACUGCAAGCAUUACUAUUGACGAACAAUAGCUUAAUAGGGGAGAUCCCUUUCUCCUUAAUGAACUGCACAAAGUUAGUAAUGCUUGAUUUAAGAGAAAAUAGAUUACAAGGACUCAUCCCUUAUUGGAUUGGAAUUGAAUUAAAACGGUUGCAAGUUUUAAGUUUACAAAAGAAUAACUUCUUUGGAAGUUUACCAUUUGAAAUUUGUUAUAUACAAAACAUUAAACUCUUUGAUGUAUCAUUGAACAAUCUAUCCGGACGGAUUCCCGAAUGUAUUAAAAAUUUCACUUCAAUGACUCAAAAAGGUUCUGCACAAGGUUUUGCCGAUCAACGUUAUAAUAUCACCCAUGGAUUGAUCACUUAUUUCAGAGCCUAUAAAUUGAAUGCAUUCUUGACAUGGAAAGGUGUAGAACAAGAGUUCAACAACAAUGGCUUGUCUCUUCUGAAAAGCAUAGAUCUAUCCAGCAAUCACUUCUCAGAAGAGAUUCCACCAGAAAUAGCAAAUUUGAUUCAAUUGGUCUCGUUGAACUUAUCAAGAAACAACUUGACGGGGAAAAUUCCUUCAAAUAUUGGAAAGCUAACAUCACUUGACUUUCUUGAUUUCUCAAGAAAUAAUUUGCUUUGUUCAAUUCCAUCUAGUCUUUCACAAAUACACCGGCUUGGUGUGUUAGAUUUGUCACAUAAUCAAUUAUCGGGAGAAAUUCCAAGGAGUACACAACUACAAAGUUUCAAUGCCUCAAGUUACGAAGAUAAUCUUGAUCUUUGUGGAGCACCACUUGUAAAAUUGUGCGUUGAUGGAGAGCCAUCACAAGAACCAAAAGGGAAAAUUCAAGACGAUGAAGAUUUGCUUCGGAAUCGAGGAUUUUAUAUAAGCCUGACAUUUGGAUUUAUUUUAGGCUUUUGGGGAGUAUUUGGUUCAAUCCUAAUCAAGCGUUCUUGGCGACAUGCUUAUUUCAAGUUCAUGAACAAUUUAUGGGAUAAUAUUUACGUGAAAUGCAGAAGGUAGCUCAAAGACUAACUGGUUUGCAGAAUAUCAUGCAUCUUGACUAAAGAUUGCUCGAUAGUGCAUUGGUGGUGGAUCAGAUUAAGGUGCUCAGGGAUGAAAAUUAUUUGCAUCGUAACUCUAGGAAUGAGAUGUCUCCUAGCCCCCAGUAUGUCUCAAAACACUCGAUUGGUCUUGAUUACACAGUCCAUAUGUGCAAAAGACAUCCCGUUUUACAUGUCCGGAUUGUGUAAUCCAGACAAAUUGA